UUGUCUUUUUCACGGCCAAUCAGCAGCUGGCGGAGGAAUAGGAGAAGAUCAUGGCGAGCGGGGAUACUAGGGGAAUGCUGGAGGCCCUGGCUGCCAUGCUAAAGGACACGGAGACCAGAACAAGAAUGGUACAGAAGGUGGGGUGCUGUUUGCGCUUAUUAGUGGGCGACGACAACGGCCUCUUCUUGGACUUGAGAGGGGGCCGCAACAGGGGCAGGCGGUGCUGUUCGAGAGGGAGAAACGAACUCUCAGGUCGUUGACGCAAUCCUGCACCUCUCCGACGCCGACUUCGCGUCCGUCUGUGCCGGCGAGCUCAGCCCCGAGAAGGCCUUCAUGAGCGGCCGUCUCGCCGUGAGGGGAAACCUUGUCCGUGCCAUGAAGUGCGGCCCGGUCUUCGAGCUCCUGCGUCCUCCUCCCUGUGAGGCAACGCGCGUUGCGCCAUCGAUGGUUAGACGACGGCCACGAGAGGCGGUCGUCGCCUCCGCCGACGUGCCUUCGGCGCGACUGUGAUGUUGU